AUGUUCCCUGCAAAGGAUCACCUUUCCCUGUUGUUGUUGUUGUUGUUGUUGUUGCAGGGCAGACCAAAACCAGGACUUGGGGACCUGAUUGAGAUUUCUCGCUUUGGCUAUGCACACUGGGCCAUCUAUGUGGGAGAUGGCUAUGUGGUCCAUCUGGCGCCCUCAAUUGAAGUUGGUGGGGUUGGUGCCGCCAGCAUCCUGUCUACCCUGACUGAGAAGGUUGUGGUGAAGAAGGAACUGCUGUCCGUGGCGGCCGGGAGAAACAGGUACCGGGUCAACAACAAACACGAUGACAGGUAUCAGCCGCUGCCUUCCAACAAAAUCAUCCGCCGGGCCGAGGAGCUGGUGGGACGGGAGCUGCGCUAUUCGCUGACCAGCGAUAACUGCGAGCACUUCGUGAACGAGCUGCGCUAUGGGGUCUCCCGCAGCGACCAGGUGCGUCCCCCUUCGGCGUCCCUAACCCGGGGACCUGACUGUUCCCUCAGCUGA